AUGUCGGUCAAGGACGAAGAAGAAGAACUGGAAGAGCAAUCCUCCCUCCUCGAGGAGGCCGACGAAGGCGCCAUCUCAGACCUGCCGACAUUCUUUGUAGAGGCAGGCGAGGUACAGGAGCUACUCCAAGAUCUGAAAGAAGCAUCGGUUCAGAGAAUAUCUGGAAUCUUUGACAAGUACCAGGAACAACCUCAGCUUCUGGAUGCAAACCUUGAGACGAUAGUCAGGGGGCACAAAGUGCUCACAAGGUUUUUCCCUCACAGGGUUGCGGACAUCGAGCCAUGCCUCGCCCUGCUGGCCAAGCAGAAUCCAAAGGAGAGCAACACAUGGGAGAUUCGAUUCAUCCUCUUCUUAUGGCUGAGCAUCCUCGUCAUGGUGCCUUUCUCCUUAGAUACAGUCGACUCUACGAUACUGGAUGGCUCGGAGGUAGCUGAAAACGCCAACGGAGAUGGACUGGUCGACCGAAUUGUCAACAUAUGCAAAAGUUGCCUAUACGAAGCAGCCAAAACAAGAGAUGCUGCGGCAUUUCUUUUGGGCAAAUUGCUCACUAGGCCUGAUAUGGAAGAUGGGCCCCUUGUUUCUUUCUUGAAAUGGCUGCGGCUGGAACAGGAGGGGAUGCACAACUCCUUGCUUGCAACAGGGAUCCACCAGGCAUUAGCCCACAUUUUUAGGCAAGGCCAACGAAAAAGUCUCCUGGACAAGGUUCCACUUGUCCUGGAUAUUCUGCAUUACGAAUCUUCACAAAACAAAAGUACACUCCAGCGACACUUGGUAUGCAAGCUCUCACAGAGAAUCGGACUUACUUACCUGCCGCCCCGUCAUCGCUCCUUGUUGGACAAUCUGAAGGGCAACCAACAAUCUGUCACUGAAGCUGCGGAAGGUCGUUGGCGCUGUCAUCGAUCUUUUCAGCACUCAGACUUCUGUGUCUGUGAAUUCAUGGCAUGGAGAGGCUCGGCGAGUGUCGGUGCAAAUGUUCGAGAUGCUGCAUCAUUUGUAUGCUGGGCAUUUGCAAGGGCAUAUGCCCCCAGUGAUAUGCUGCCGCACGUCCCAGAGCUUGCGAAGGGACUUCUUGUGCAGACAGUGUUAGACAGAGAGAUCAACUGCAGGAGGAAAAUGUCGGACGUCAGGGGAAUUACCCACAUGGAAUCGGAGGGAAUCAUCGAAUAUGUAGUUGAAUUCCAGUUAAGGCAUUGGGAUAAGAAUAUUCGUCUUCUAUCAGGCAUAGGCUUUGCUGUGGCAAGUGAUGUUCGAGUGAAUAUCUCUCAAAGGCUCUUGUGCAGGCAUGGUGCUGCUUGUGGUAUUGCAGAAAUUGUUCAUGGACUAGACUUGGAAACGAAUCCAAUACCUAAUGAGACAAUGGAUCGGAUCAGAAACCUGGUGCAAGCUGUUGAGAAGGCCAGAUUGUUUCGGUACAAUGGGUGCUUCUUAGCUUUUUGCCUCACUGGACGAGGCGGUGAAAUGAUGAGGUCAGCAUGCUCCAAAGUAUUGGAAUCACUCGGCCAGAAAGAUCAAGACUUGACGCCGAAACUUAUUUCGUCAUACUUCGACAGUCUCGCAGAGAACCUCAAACAUCCGACAGAUGAUAACCCUGCUUCCCGUCGAGGAUUUGCGUUGGCUCUAGGAGCGUUAGGGAAAGAAGGCAAGGUUUACGAAGAUGGAGACAGUGAAAUCAAGAACACUUCGUUCCUAAUCGACACUUUACUGAAAUGCUUGGGGGACUAUUGUGUAGACAACAGAGGAGAUGUUGGGUCAUGGGUAAGAGAAGCAGCCAUGAACACCAUUGGAGCGCAGAAAUGUGCGCGUAGCUGGCAAGGCGCUCAAGGAUCUUUUGAGCCAAGAACCCUCAGUCUCUUACGUACGGCUGCUGCAUGUCAAAUCCUCUCAGGGCUGACUAUAACGGUGAAGGUAAAUCAUAGAGAAAUUCUUGACGAGGUUAUAAGAGAGCCCGUCGAUUGGAACUCUGCUGGAGAUGCGUUCGCGCGCGUCGCAAAACUUUUGACCUGCGAUGACUACAGACAUGCUGUGAUAUCAGGAAUGGUGAUCAGCAUCGGAGGAAUCUCUGAAUCGCUAGUGAAGCAUUCGUGGGCAUCGCUGACAUCCUUUCUUUCCUCGUCUCAUGAUCCCAACGCCCAGUCGGAAUGUAUCUUGAAUGACCUCCUGCGUCUGAUUGAAGUUUCUUGGAUCACCUUGACUCCGAUGCAAGCGAACUUCCUCGCAAGGUUUCCCAGAAUCCGACGGAAGGCGGCUGAGGAGCUUUACAUGCAGAUACUCUCGGAAAGAGACUGGACUGUAGAUGUUUCUGAGCUGAGACCGCAGAGGGAUCAGCUCUACGUGCUCUUCAGCAUAACUCCAAAGACGGAGUCGAAGUCCAACACGACAACGGGGAAAAAGACUGAGAAGGAGGAUAUAGGCUACAUGGCUCUAGUCCGUGAUAUGCAUUACUAG